UUUGCUUCCAUUUUCACUUCAUUCAAUCUCCUCUUUUUGUGACUUGGUUGCUCUUCACUCUUCCAUUCAAGUCUUCCCACGACAACAAAGGGAAACCCCCGACAAGUUAUAUCAACCGACAUCAUGAAGUCAAGCUUCAAGGGCGAACACGAUUUUGAAAAGCGACGCACCGAGGCGCAGCGCAUCCGUCAAAAGUACCCCGACCGCAUCCCCGUCAUUGUGGAGCGGGACGACAAGUCCGACAUUUCUGACAUUGACAAGAAAAAGUACCUCGUACCUGCAGACUUGACAGUCGGCCAGUUUGUCUAUGUCAUCCGCAAGCGCAUCAAGCUCAGCCCCGAGAAGGCCAUCUUUAUCUUUGUCAAGAACGUGCUGCCACCCACCAGCGCGGCCAUGGCCACAAUCUAUGAGGAGCACAAGGACGACGACGGCUUCCUCUACAUUACCUACAGCGGAGAGAACACUUUCGGCCAGUAGAUGAGGUCGAGGAAGGUCUCGCAAAACAAGGAAAAAAAUUUCAAAACAAACAAAAAACAACAAAAAGGUUUCGUUUUGGCUGCGUCUUGAAAAGAUCGGAACAACAAGAACCAACCGCCCAUGAUGCAACUUUGAAGGGGGGACCCCCAAACGGUCCGGCAUUGUUGCUCUUCCAUCUCGUGGCUCUUUGAUGGACGUUUGUUUCUCGUUGUCGUGUCGCUUCAGUUGUUGCGCCCAAGCGUUGUGAAGUAGAGGUGUCGUUUAUGUGCGUGGUCUGGUGUUGUUCUUUUCUUUUGGGUAUUUUUUUUCGACAAAGCAGAGUGUUUGUGUACUAGUCUUUUUUCUGUCUGUUGUCUUGGAACAGUUCGAUUUCUCUUGUUGUUGUUGUAAUGUUCUUGUCAACACUUCAACGAUAAAGGAAGCACUUUGCCAAACCA